CUAUAGAGCCAUGCAGCGACGGCUCCAGGAUGGAGGGGUUCCUGUCCACAUUCCCAGCCUACGGCGUGUACGGUAACCCGGUGUGCGCUCCCCCGGCUCCAGGCGGCGGCUGGGGGAAGCGCGAGGGCCGCUUCAUGAUCCCGCAGGGCUUCAACUACCUGGAGCUCUGCAAGACCAUCCUGUCACAGGUCAGCCCGCCGUCACCCCCGCAGAAGAGGGCGAGCACCAGGGAGUGCGGUGUCCAGGUGAACGCCCGAGUAGAGAAGAUCGUGCAGUGUUCGCUGGGACCCAAAACUCUCCUGGGUGAGGAGCAGCAGCAGCAGCAGCAACAGCAGCAGCAGGAGGAGGAACCUCCCCAGAGCCCGGACGCCCGGGAGGAGAAGGGGGAUGCCCACACGCCGCCGGUGAGCGGCCUCCGCUUCCUCAAACCCGUGUCCAUCUACUCGCCGCUGUUUGACCGCAGAGUCUUCCUGAAAAAGCUCCGGGACAGCUGCGAGAGGGAGAAUGGGGUGCCGCCGACGGCCAAGUGUAACACGGAUUACAGUGGCCAGGAUGCAGAGAAGGACUGCAGCACAGCUUCCCCUUCCUACAGACCCGGAAAAGGCUCCAACUUCCAGUUCCUGGAGCAGAGGUAUGGCUUUUUCCACUGUAAAAAGUGUAACAUCCGGUGGGAGAGUGCUUAUGUGUGGUGCAUUUCUGGAACUAGUAAGGUGUACUACAAGCAGCUCUGCCGGAAGUGUCAGCAGGGUUUCAACCCCUACAGAGUGGAAUCCAUAAUCUGCAAGGGUUGCUCUCAGACUUGCUGCACCUGUGAGAAGAAGCAGAGGCACAUAAACAUGAAGCGGCCUCACCGCCAGGACCUGUGCUGUCGCUGUAAGGGGAUGAGGCUGUCCUGUGACGCCAUUUACAGUUUCAAGUACAUCAUCUAAGCCGCUUGGGUUAUCAGCGGUCGGGGCCUGAAGUCCACGUCUGAAGUGAAUGGAUGUGUCAAAAAUGUCUUUUCCAAACCUCAGCUAAAUGGGCCUUUAUGCUUGCUCUUGAAAAUGUGGAGCAUCUCCCUUUGACUUACGACAGAUGCAUUUUGUAAAGAAAUAAAGUAUAAAUUAUA